CCACCUCCAACGAAGUCUAUUGAUCCUAUUCUCCACGGAUGAUAAGUCCAUUAAGCACCGAUUUGGGCCAAUUUAUUUUCGAUUGUCAUUUUCGUAAUUUAUGGGGCGAUGAAAGGCCAUUUUAUUUGGAUUUUGAAAGCUACAGGUCACGGAAUCGGCCUGAGGCUAUUUUUCAACAAUGAUGAAGUCCAUGAAGCAUCAAUUUGGGCGGAUUUAUUCCUGGUCAAUUUUUGGCAGAUUCCAAAGGGGUACUAUCACAGAUUUCAGGCGAUUUUUCCGAAAUGCCAUUUUCUUUCGAUUCUUGAGGCUACAGAUCAGGGAAUCAGGCCGCAGCUAUUCUCCACUGAUAAUGAAGUCUAUUGAUCCUAUUCUCAAUGGAUGAUAAGUUCAUUAAGCACCAAUUUGGGUCAAUUUAUUUUCGGAUGGCAUUUUCAUAAUUUAUGGGCCGAACGAAAGGCCAUUUUCUUUGGAUUUUGAAAGCUACAGGUCGCGGAUUCGACCUGAAGCUAUUCUUCAACGAUGCUUCAGUUCAUUAAGCACCGAUUUGGGUGAAUUUAUUCCGGGUCAAUUUUUAGCAGAUUCUAAAGGGGUACCAUCACAUAUUUCGGGCGAUUUCUCCGAAAUGCCAUUUUCAAUGGAUUCUGGCGGAUACAGAUCACGGAAUCAGGCCGAGGCUAGUCUCCACCGACAAUGAACUCUAUUGAUCCUAUUCUCCACAGAUGAUAAGUCCAUUAAGCAACGAUUUAGGCCAAUUUAUUUUCGGAUGGCAUUUUUCGUAAUUUAUGGGGCGACGAAAGGGCAUUUUCUUUGGAUUUUGAAGGCUACAGGUCACGGAAUCGGCCUGAGGCUAUUUUUCAACAAUGAUGAAGUCCGUGAAGCAUCAAUUUGGGCGAAUUUAUUCCCGGUCAAUUUUUGGCAGAUUACAAAGGGGUACUAUCACAGAUUUCAGGCGAUUUUUCUGAAAUGCCAUUUUCUUUUGAUUCUUGAGACUACAGAUCAGGGAAUCAGGCCGCAGCUAUUCUCCACCGAUAAUGAAGUCUAUUGAUCCUAUUCUCCACGGAUGAUAAGUCCAUUAAGCAACGAUUUAGGUCAAUUUAUUUUCGUAUGGCAUUUUCGUAAUUUAUGGGGCGACUAAGGGGCAUUUUAUUUGGAUUUUGAAGGCUACAAGUCACGGAAUCGGCCUGAGGCUAUUUUUCAACAAUGAUGAAGUCCGUUAAGCAUCGAUUUGGGCAGAUUUAUUCAGGGUCAAUUUUUGGCAGAUUCCAAAGGGGUACCAUCACAUAUUUCGGUCGAUUUUUCCGUAAUGCCAUUUUCAUUGGAUUCUUGAGGAUACAGAUCACGGAAUCAGGCCGAGGCUAUUCUCCACCGACAAUGAAGUCUAUUGAUCCUAUUCUCCACGGAUAAUAAGUCCAUUAAACAUCGAUUUGGGCCAAUUUAUUUUCGAAUGGCAUUUUCGUAAUUUAUGGGGCGACGAAAGGCCAUUUUCUUUGGAUUUUGAAAGCUACUGGUCACGGAUUCGACCUAAGGCUAUUCUUCAACGAUGCUUAAGUUCAUUAAGCACCGAUUUGGAUGAAUUUAUUCUGGGUCAAUUUUUGGCACAUUCCAAAGGGGUACCAUCACAUAUUUCGAGCGAUUUUUCCUAACUGCCAUUUUCUUUCGAUUCUUGAGGCUACAGAUCACGGAAUUAGGCCGAGGCUAUUCUCAAUCGAUAAUGAAGUCUAUUGAUCCUAUUCUCCACGGAUAACAAGUCCAUUAAGCAACGAUUUGGGCUAAUUUAUUUUCGGAUGGCAUUUUCGUAAUUUAUGGGGCGAACGAAAGGCCAUUUUCUUUCGAUUUUGAAGGCUACAUGUCACGGAUUCGGCAUGAGGCUAUUUUUCAACAAUGAUUAUGUCCAUUAAGGAGCGAUUUGGGCGGAUUUAUUCCGCGUCAAAUUUUGGCAGAUUCCAAAGGGGUACCAUCACAUAUUUCGGGCGAUUUUUCUGAAAUGCCAUUUUCAAUGGAUUCUGGCGGAUACAGAUCACGGAAUCAGACCGAGGCUAGUCUCCACCGGCAAUGAACUCUAUUGAUCCUAUUCUCCACGGAUGAUAAGAACAUUAGGCAACGAUUUAGGCCAAUUUAUUUUCGGAUGGCAUUUUCGUAAUCUUUGGAUUUUGAAGGCUACAGGUCACGGAAUCGGCCUGAGGCUAUUUUUCAACAAUGAUUAAGUCUGUUAAGCAUCGAUUUGGGUGGAUUUAUUCCAGGUCAAUUUUUGGCAGAUUCCAAAGGGGUACCAUCACAGAUUUCGGGCGAUUUUUCCAAAAUGCCAUUUUCUUUUGAUUCUUGAGGCUACAGAUCACAAUAUCAGGCCGCAGCUACUAUCCACCGAAAAUGUAGUCUAUUGAUCCUAUUCUCCAUAGAUGAUAAGUCCAUUAAGCACCUUGGCUCAAUUUAUUUUCGGAUGGCAUUUUCGUAAUUUAUGGGCCGAACGAAAGGCCAUUUUCUUUGGAUUUUGAAAGCUACUGGUCGCGGAUUCGGCCUGAAACUAUUUUUCAACAAUGAUUAAGUCCAUUAAGCACCUAUUUGGUCGGAUUUAUUCCUGGUCAAUUUUUGGCAGAUUCCAAAGGGGUACCAUCACAGCUUUCAGGCGAUUUUUUCGAAAUGCCAUUUCAUUGGACUCUAGAGGCUACAGAUCAAGGAAUCAAGCCGAGGCUAUUCUCCACCGACAAUGAAGUCUACUGAUCCUAUUCUCCACGAAUGAUAAGUCCAUUAAGCACCGAUUUGGGCCCAUUUAUUUUCGAAUGGCAUUUUCGUAAUUUAUGGGGCGAUGAAAGGCCAUUUUCUAUGGAUUUCGAAAGCUACAGGUCAAGGAUUCGACCUGAGGCUAUUCUUCAACGAUGCUUAAGUUCAUUAAGCACCGAUUUGGGCGGAUUUAUUCCGGGUCAAUUUUUGGCAGAUUCCAAAGAGGUACCCUCACAGAUUUCGAGUGAUUUUUCCAAAAUGCCAUUUUCUUUUGAUUCUUGAGGCUACACAUCACGGAAUCAGGCCGCAGCUAUUCUCCACCGAUAAUGAAGUCAACUGAUCCUAUUCUCCACGAAUGAUAAGUCCAUUAAGCAACGAUUUGGGCCAAUUUAUUUUCGAAUGGCAUUUUCGUAAUUUAUGGGGCGAUGAAAGGCCAUUUUCUAUGGAUUUCGAAAGCUACAGGUCAAGGAUUCGACCUGAGGCUAUUCUUCAACGAUGCUUAAGUUCAUUAAGCACCGAUUUGGGCGGAUUUAUUCCGGGUCAAUUUUUGGGAGAUUCCAAAGGGGUACCAUCACAGAUUUCGAGUGAUUUUUCCAAAAUGCCAUUUUCUUUCGAUUCUUGAGGCUACAGAUCAGGGAAUCAGGCCGCAGCUAUUCUCCACCGAUAAUGAAGUCUACUGAUCCUAUUCUCCACGGAUGAUAAGUUCAUUAAGCACCGAUUUGGGUCAAUUUAUUUUCGGAUGGCAUUUUCGUAAUUUAUGGGCCGAACGAAAAGCCAUUUUCUUUGGAUUUUGAAAGCUACAGGUCGCGGAUUCGGCCUGAAGCUAUUUUUCAACAAUGAUUAAUUCCAUUAAGCACCUAUUUGGGAGGAUUUAUUCCUGGUCAAUUUUUGGCAGAUUCCAUAGGGGUACCAUCACUGAUUUCAGGCGAUUUUUCCGAAAUGCCAUUUUCGUUGGAUUCUUGAGGAUACAGAUCAAGGAAUCAGGCCGAGGCUAUUCUCCACCGACAAUGAAGUCUACUGAUCCUAUUCUCCACGAAUGAUAAGUCCAUUAAGCACCGAUUUGGGCCAAUUUAUUUUCGAAUGGCAUUUUCGUAAUUUAUGGGACGAUGAAAGGCCAUUUUCUAUGGAUUUCGAAAGCUACAGGUCAAGGAUUCGACCUGAGGCUAUUCUUCAAUGAUGCUUAAGUUCAUUAAGCACCGAUUUGGGCGGAUUUAUUCCUGGCCAAUUUUUGGCAGAUUCCAAAGAGGUACCAUCACAGAUUUCGAGUGAUUUUUCCAAAAUGCCAUUUUCUUUCGAUUCUUGAGGCUACACAUCACGGAAUCAGGCCGCAGCUAUUCUCCACCGAUAAUGAAGUCUAUUGGUCCUAUUCUCCACGGAUGAUAAGUCCAUUAAGCACCAAUUUGGGCCAAUUUAUUUUCGGAUGGCAUUUUCGUAAUUUAUGGGCCGAACGAAAGGCCAUUUUCUUUUGAUUUUGCAAGCUACGGGUCGCGGAUUCGGCCUGAAGCUAUUUUUUAACAAUGAUUAAUUUCAUUAAGCACCUAUUUGGGAGUAUUUAUUCCUGGUCAAUUUUUGGCAGAUUCCAAAGGGGUACCAUCACAGCUUUCGGGCGAUUUUUCCGAAAUGCCAUUUUCAUUGGAUUCUUGAGGAUACAGAUUACGGAAUCAGGCCGAGGCUAUUCUCCACCGAAAAUGAAGUCUAUUGAUCCUAUUCUCCACGGGUGAUAAGUCCAUUAAGCACUGACUGGGCCAAUUUAUUUUCGAAUGACAUUUUCAUAAUUUAUGGGCCUAAAGAAAGGCCAUUUUCUUUGGAUUUUGAAAGCUACAGGUCGCGGAUUCGGCCUGAAACUAUUUUUCAACAAUGAUUAAGUCCUUUAAGCACCUAUUUGGGCGGAUUUAUUCCUGGUCAAUUUUUGGCAGAUUCCAUAGGGGUACCAUUACUGAUUUCGGGCGAUUUUUCCGAAAUGCCAUUUUCGUUGGAUUCUUGAAGAUACAGAUCACGGAAUCAAGCCGAGGCUAGUCUCCACCGACAAUGAACUCUAUUGAUCCUCUUCACCACGGAUGAUAAGAACAUUAAGCAACGAUUUAGGCCAAUUUAUUAUCGGAUGGCAUUUUCGUAAUUUAUGGUGCGACGAAAGGGCAUUUUCUUUGGAUUAUGAAGGCUACAGGCCACGGAAUCGGCCUGAGACUAUUUUUCAACAAUGAUGAAGUCCGUUAAGCAUCGAUUUGGGCGGAUUUAUUCCGGGUCAAUUUUUGGCAGAUUCCAAAGGGGUACCAUCACAGAUUUCGGGCGAUUUUUCCAAAAUGCCAUUUUCUUUUGAUUCUUGAGGCUACAGAUCACGGAAUCAGGCCGCAGCUAUUCUCCACCGAAAAUGUAGUCUAUUGAUCCUAUUCUCAAUGGAUGAUAAGUCCAUUAAGCACCAAUUUGGGUCAAUUUAUUUUCGGAUGGCAUUUUCGUAAUUUAUGGGCCGAACGAAAGGCCAUUUUCUUUUGAUUUUGAAAGCUACAGGUCGCGGAUUCGGCCUGAAACUAUUUUUUAACAAUGAUUAAGUCCAUUAAGCACCUAUUCUGGCGGAUUUAUUCCUGGUCAAUUUUUGGCAGAUUCCAUAGGGGUACCAUCACUGACUUUGGGCGAUUUUUCCGAAAUGCCAUUUUCGUUAGAUUCUUGAGGAUACAGAUCAAGGAAUCAGGCCGAGGCUAUUCUCCACCGACAAUGAAGUCUACCGAUCCUAUUCUCCACGGAUGAUAAGUCCAUUAAGCACCGAUUUGCGCCAAUUUAUUUUGGAAUGGCAUUUUCAUAAUUUAUGGGGCAUUGAAAGGCCAUUUUCUAUGGAUUUUGAAAGCUACAGGUCAUGGAUUCGACCUGAGGCUAUUCUUCAACGAUGCUUAAGUUCAUUAAGCACCAAUUUGGGCGGAUUUAUUCCGGGUCAAUUUUUGGCAGAUUCCAAAGGGGUACCAUCACAGAUUUAGGGUGAUUUUUCCAAAAUGCCAUUUUCUUUCGAUUCUUGAGGCUACAGAUCACGGAAUCAGGCCGCAGCUAUUCUCCACCGAUAAUGAAGUCUAUUGGUCCUA